AUGGGCUUCCACGACUCUUUCGGCGACGAUGCCUGGGCUUCCUGGUCCACAGGACCCCGAAUCUCAUAUGACCGGUCGUCCCUCGAUCGACCGAGCCUACAUCUUCCCGACUCCGCUCGUCAGCGCCUCGACCGACUUUCAAUGAAUCCAGCAAGGAAUGAGGGGGGCCAGGGUUCCAACCCCGUGCCCGCAAAGCCUACUCCAACAGGGCGCGGAAGGCUAGCUAGCAGACACGAAGAGGUUGAUCCUAAUGAGUUCGUCGACGAGGAGCCCCAGCCAGAACUGAAGCAGCCGCGACGACAUCUCCUGACACUGAAGAUCCCGAAGGGCAAGAACUUCAGCGAGCCUUCCUCUGCCAUCACUGACAAUGGAGAAUCUCGUCCAUCGACAGCUUCUUCAGAGGAGUCCUGGCACACCGGCAAGAUGCCCCCCACAGACUCCGGAUACGCAUCUGCACCUAAUCUGGAUCGGUAUUCGCACGCAAAAUCCUCGACUGCGCAAGCCCGGAGCCCUGCCUCUAACAAAUCUCCAGCCGCAAUGAACGACAUUGAUAUCGACGAUACCAGAACUCUGUACUCAGCUGGGACUACCGCUGCGCCUUCGCGAGUGCAGAUUGCCGAGAUUUGCAGUGACAUCUAUAGCAAACUGAGCGACUGCCUCAACGCCAAGACAUGGCCCAUCGUAGCCAAGGUGCUUCCUGACCUGGUUAAGGCUUUCGCUGUCAAGCUGGGAAGCGACUCUACUGCGCAAGUCAACCAAGACGUAAUGUAUUUCGUUCAUAAGCGACACAAAGAAGUAGUUGCCCGAAUUGAAGCGAUGUUUCGUCAUGACAUUGACGACCAACCAGAGGAUCGCCGAGAUAUUCCCGAAGGAAUGCCCCUGCUUGACAAGAUGGCCAUGUGGCAAAGCAAGGUUGGCGAAGACCACACACAUGCAACCGAAAGCGAUGAUUGCUUCAAAGGAGUCAAGGACUACGAAUCCGACCCCAUUGAAGAGAUCAAUCUGCCCGAGUACCACAAGGUCAUAUUUGACAGCGAGGCCUACAAGUGGUUCCUUACCAGUUUUAGGAAGGAAGUUAUUCUGCAGUGGGGAGCGUCGCACUCACGCAUCAUGACGGAGAGUAUUCGCUGCAAACUUCUUGAGAAGCUCCCGACUGGAACCAUCAGCUGGCGACAUGCUCCUAGCUCUCAUGAAGUUACUUUCGUUCUUCAUUGGCACCAAAACAUGCAAUUGCGCCUCGGGCGUGAAAAUAUUGAGCUGCCGUCAUGGCCAGCUCACUCAUUUUCAAGUUUUGUUGUUCUGACGGGUUCACCGGAGGAGGCGCAGGCACUUACCAUGAAGCAGUACAUGAAUCAGACAUGGCCGACUAAUGGUUUGCAAAUAUUCAAUCUUCUACAAGAGGCGAUUUCCAGCCCCAAUAGUCUGUAUUCCGCCGGGUCGCCGCCUAAUGCACCAAUUGUCGCAAGAGUAUUUGGCUCUAAACUCACGGUUACAGCCGCUGGACCGGCGUACUUCAUCGCGGAAUGCGGUGAACAGCUCGCUUGGCUAGCGUCUGCUCUUGCAAGCAGUACUCGAGAUGUCAUCGCUCACUGCACGCCCUCCGUCGCAAAUUUCGAUAUUCGGGCUACGCCUCCACCAAACUCGACAUACCGUGGUAAAUGCGAUGUUAUACUCGAAAUCACUCAUGUGGCUAGUUUAGAUGGCUCUAGACCAAGGGAACAGAAUUCUUGGGAAGCUGUGGUUAGGGGGAAUAACCUUAUCAAAGGGUAUCCUAUCUCUCGGCGACCAGAGGGAUUCCCAGGCCUAGAACUUUCCUUGGACAUUCUCUUGUAUUUGAUGCAGGCUAAGGAGGUUUGUAUCUCUGGCGGACACGUCUUGAUCAGAGGGCCAGAGAGGACGCUGAAAUUGGUGAAGCAGACUGACAAGGUCUGUCUUUGGCAUCCUCUUGACACUGUCACCCGGGGCUGUUUCUGUAAUCAGCUUCCCACUAGAGUCGAUAUUUCGAAUCUAGAGACGGAUCGCCACGUUCUAGGGAGUUGCGAGCGCCAGGAUGCUCGACCUGAAAACGCUGACAGAGUCUCCACGAUCGCCGGCUCAUCUGAAGAUAUGGUUCCCGAAGAUUAUGGCGUCGCCGGGAUAAGUCAUCUAGACGCAGCAGGGAGUGAGUCUCAGCGUCUCGCAGCGUUUCGCCGGAACGAGGCAGACUCCGUCCUUCACGGCAGUCGAAGUGGAGAGAUGGUUCGGAGAUGGUCGACGAGCCGUGGAGUCGAAUAUCCAAUCUCGGAAGAUUGCCUACCCACCUCUCAGAUGGGUCUCUCAGAAAGCAAUGGAGAUUUUCCAUCAGUGGUAGCAUCAGAAUCGGGUGAUGACUCUUUCGACACAGACCAGCUUUCAAUAUCGGAUUCUUCCGAGGACAUUAAACCCCUGGAUGCCAACGAGCCGUUAUACCCCAUUCUAAACCAUGUGCUCCAUCAACUUCUUUCCGGAUUUCGAAGUUGGACACAACAUCCGUCGUGUGCCAGCGGAAGUGGUUCAGGAUCUGGCACGUCGGCAAGUGCACUGGGACUGUCAAGCAGCAGUGCUGGAGGUACUCCUAGUCAGAGUCGUCCAAAGAGAAAACGAGGGAAAGACGACAGUGAUGACGCCGAUCAAAAUGGGUUCCGAAGACCGCCGAAAAAGAAAAGCAAUUGCGAUCCUGGUGAUGCUUCGAAGAAGUCGUUUGCAUGCCCUUACUUGAAGAAAGACCCCAUCAAACACGGCAGCUGCUGUGCGAAGAAGCUGAGCAGGAUUCGAGACGUGAAGCAGCAUCUCGCCAGGCGACACACGCCCGAGCGGUAUUGCCAGCGCUGCUUAGAAACCACCUUUGCGGAUGAGCAAAGUCUGCAGGUGCACAUCGAUCUGCGAAUAUGUCUCAGCCGGGAUCCCUCUAUGCUAGAAGGGAUAUCGUACUAUCAACACCGGCAGCUUUCGAGAAAAUCUGACUCGAGUCUCGGCGAAGAGGGCCAAUGGUUUGCAAUUUGGGAGAUUCUUUUCUCCGGACGCAUGAAACCAAGCUCACCGUAUAUAGACGCUGGUUUUUCGGUGGAGAUGCGUCUCUUCCGUGAAUACAGUUAUAGCCGCGGCCCAGCCAUGGUCAGAGAACAGAUCGAGUUGAGCACGGAUUUCUUGAGACAGGACAUUACAGAAGCACAGCGACUGGCCUUGGAUCGAGUAAUUGCCGAGGGCAUCAGCCGCCUGUUUGAGGAUUGGCGGUCGGCUCAACCUGCCGGCUCACUAUCUUCAAGGCAUCAGAGUAACUAUUUCCAGCGAACAGGACAAGGAACACCGAUGACCUCCGUUGCGGAUAGUGGUGUGGCAAUGGGGAGUCAAUUCUCCUCCUCUGGAGAAGUCAGGUCUCAAGGGGGAAUCACUCAAUCUUCGAGCAUGCUGGAGUUGACCUUUCCGCCAACGGCAACUACGACGGGAGUGGAAAUUCAAGCUUCUUCAACAGCGCAAGACGUCGCCGUGGAAUUAUCUCAAAACCAUGAACAGGAUUGGCUUGCCCUCCUUUCAAAUCCAGACAACUUGGAAUACCACCUCGGCGCCGGAAACGAGCAUAACUUUGAUCAUGCGUUCAAUCCUGGGGUGCUUGAUUUCGAUCCGCCACAAACGAGUCUUGGAGGAGUUGGUUAUUAUUCUCAGCCAGGUGAAAAUAAGGGACCAGAUAUGGAGAGCCGACGAGACCUAUAUUUGCUAUGA